CUAAAGGAACAGGCACAUGACAGGGGAAAGAAACAAUGGCUUUGAUGUCCUCUAUCACAACAUGAAGCAUGGACAUACAUCAACAAAAGAGCUAGCAGAUUUUAUAAGAGAAAGGUCUACAAUAGAGGAGACUUAUUCAAGGUCAAUGACAAAACUAGCCAAAUCAGCAAGCAAUUAUACACAACUUGGGACAUUUGCACCAGUUUGGGAUGUUUUCAAAACAUCAACAGAAAAGUUAGCAAGCUGUCACUUGGAACAUGUCCGGAAGUUACAGGAGCUCAUAAAAGAAGUGCAUAAAUAUGGAGAUGAGCAGAUCAAAGCUCAUAAAAAGACUAAAGAAGAAGUUUCAGGAACAUUGGAAGCAGUGCAAAACAUUUUGAGUAUUACUCAGGCCCUGCAGAAAUCCAAGGAAAGCUACAAUGCCAAGUGUGUAGAACAAGAACGUUUAAAAAAGGAAGGAGCAACACAGAGGGAAAUUGACAAGGCCUCAGUAAAAUCAAAGAAAGCUACAGAAACCUAUAAACUCUAUGUGGAAAAAUAUGCUGCAGCCAAAUCUGAUUUUGAACAGAAAAUGACAGAAACUGCACAGAAAUUUCAAGACAUCGAAGAGGCGCAUCUCCUUCACAUGAAAGAGAUUAUAGAAUCAUUUUCAAACACUAUGAAAGAAAUUCACUUACAAAUAGGGCAGGUUCAUGAAGAAUUUAUUAAUAACACAGCAAAUAUUACAGUUGAGAGCUUGAUACAAAAAUUUGCUGAGUUAAAAGGCACUGGCAAAGAGAGACCUGGCCUUAUUGACUUUGAAGAAUGCAAUACAUCUACUGCAACUGAAGGGGUAAAACCAAGGAAAAGAAAGCCUUUUGGUUUGUCAGGAAUAAUUAAGAAAGAAAAAGAUGCAGAAUCUGUGGAAUGUCCAGAUGCAGACUCAGUUAAUAUCCCUGAUGUAGAUGACGAAGGAUACAGUAUUAAACCAGAGACCAGUCAGAAUACCAAAGAGAACCAUUUCUACUCAUCCAGUGAUUCUGACUCUGAAGAAGAUGAACCUAGAAGGUUCCACGUAGAAAUCAAACCUGUACUGCCAAACAAUAGUUCACACUACACUAUGGCUUCAUUAGAUGAAUUAAAAGUAUCUAUUGGCAAUAUUGCUCUUUCUCCAGCAACUUCUAGACACAGUCCUGCACAAAUGAACCGGAAUUCAUCUAGUGAAGAAUUAACAAAAUCAAAGCUUUCUGCUCCAUCUAAUGAAAAGGGGACCAGUGACCUCCUAGCAUGGGAUCCAGUCUUUGGAAGUUCUCUUGAAUCAUCAUCUUCAGCUUCAUUGACAACUUCAUCCUCAUCAGCUACAUUAAAAGAACAAAAUAGGAACUCCUACUCGUCAUCAUCAUCAUCUAUCAUUGAUUUGCCUGGGUGUAGAAUAUCUGAAUCUUUUCUUGGAAACCAGAAAAAUUCUGGGUCUAGAAGCCUAUCAUCACCAGACUUUACCACUAGCAUGCUAUGCAAAUUUGAUGUGAUCACAGCACCAUCAGGGAGCACAGAUAAUAUGUCUCUUGUUUCAUGGUCUCAAAGUCAGUGGAUUCCUUUUACUGAUGAACUUCUUCAUAUUAAGCCCACAAGUGCAGGCCAGAAGAAGCCUCAGAGAUUGCAUUUUAAACCUGACAGUAUCUGCAUUGCUUCUCCUUCUUUGCUUGGGAAUUCUUCCAACAGCUCUGCCUCUGAGGAUCAAAGUGACCUUUACAAUAAUUUUACAUGCCAUGAAAAAUUAUUCAUUGAAGAAACUGGCAAUAUUGCUGAAAUUUCUUCUACAUCAUCAGUACCACUGGACUAUAGUUUAGUCCCUGCUUGUGUUCAUAUAUAUAAGGCAAGACCAACAACUCCUCUUUCUGUAGGAACCAUUGUACCACCUCCAAGGCCUGCUUCCAGACCAAAGCUGGCUACAGGGAAACUUAGUGGAAUUAAUGAAAUACCUAGGCCAUUCAGUCCACCAUUGACCUCUAAGUCCAGUCCACCACCUACCGCCCCUUUGGCACGUGCUGAGAGUGUGUCCUCAAUAUCUUCAUCUGCUUCACUAAGCGCGGCAAAUACACCCACAGUUGGUGUUUCACGUGGUCCCAGCCCUGUCAGCCUUGGAAACCAGGACACCUUGCCUGUUGCAGUAGCCCUUACUGAAUCUGUUAACGCCUACUUUAAAGGAGCAGAUCCCACAAAAUGUAUUGUGAAGAUCACUGGUGAUAUGACUGUGUCAUUCCCAAGUGGGAUUAUUAAAGUAUUCACUAGCAACCCAUCUCCAGCUGUACUCUGCUUCAGGGUAAAAAACACAAGCAAACUAGAGCAUAUUCAACCAAAUGCACAACUUGUAUACAGUGAUCAAUCACAAAGCGACUCCAGUACAAAAGAUUUUUGGAUGAACAUGCAAGCUAUAACUCUCUACCUCAAGAAGUUAUCAGAGCAGAAUCCAUCUGCUUCCUAUUAUAAUGUGGAUGUUUUAAAAUAUCAGGUAUCUUCAAAUGGCAUCCAGUCCACUCCCUUGAAUCUUGCUACCUACUGGAAAUGCAAUGCAAACACUACUGAUGUUAGAGUGGAUUAUAAAUAUAACCCAGAGUCUAUGACUAUGCCCAGUACACUAUCUAAUGUACAGGUUGUGGUACCAGUUGAUGGAGGAGUAACAAACAUGCAGUCACUUCCCUGUGCAAAAUGGAAUGCAGAGCAGAUGAAAGCUUACUGGAAAAUAUCUAGUAUCUCAGAAAAAUCAGAAAAUGGAGGUUCUGGAUCCCUCAGGGCAAAAUUUGAUCUAUCAGAAGGACCCAGUAAACCAGCAACUCUUGCAGUGCAAUUCAUUAGUGAAGGAAGCACCCUUUCAGGAGUAGACGUAGAGCUAGCAGGCACUGGCUAUCGGCUUUCCCUACUUAAGAAGAGAUUUGCCACUGGACGGUAUAUGGCUGAUUGCUGAUGAAUCUGUGAAAAAUCAGUAAAUCAAAAGAGCAGCUGAAGCUUACUCCUCUCUCUACCUUUGAAACACUAUUUUAACAUGCAUUAUUUUUUUUAAACAUUGACCUACUUUGGGGCUGACUACAAAAGUAAAAAAAAUGCACUUUUUUUGAAGAAGUCAAUUUGGAAAAAAAUGUAUUUAUAAUAGCACUGAAGUUAACUUCAACACUGUCUGUAAAUGAUCAACUGCAAUAUUUGGGAAACUUGUUUAUUCAAAUUUAAGUAAAUUUAUAUAGACUAAGUCAAAAUAUAGUAAUCAUUAGAUGUAUUGAAAAUGUAUGAAAUUGUAUGUUAUUAUAAACAUUACACCUAAAAAUGUAGGAGAGCAAGCACAGAAUAUUUUAGCUUUCCAUAAUAUUAUUCAUUUCUUAAUUGCCAAUGUUCAAAUUAAACAAAGGUAACAUUUCAGAUAAUUCUGUCCACCCACUCAUACCAAUUCAUGUGCCAUAAAAUCAGUUAAGCGUUAGAGACGUAAAUAAAACAUAUACUUUGAUUCCCGUGUACCAUAUUUUAAUAAAGUAUAAGUUGUUUUUAUAUAAGACUUACUUUUUUCUAAGUGCAAUGUGUUAAAAAUUGCAAAAGACAGAAGAGAUAUUUACUUCUGCAAUUAGCAAACUUUAUGGGAGUUGUGAUUGUUUGAAUUAAUGCUGUAGAUUAAUUUAUUUUUGUAUGGAUUGCAUAACAUUUGUGCCUUUUUUUAAACUGUGCCUGUCCGAUUUGUUCUUUAAUGUGCCUCACUUCCUUUUUCAAAGUCUGGCUCUUCCCUACUGAAAACUUGUGGUAUUUGUGUAAUGCAUACAACUUUAUAAAAUUCCUCGACUGGGAUUUAGAAGGGAAAUUUAGAAAAACUGGAGAUUGCUUUAUAAGAUGGUUUCAAAUACUGGAUUACUUCCUCAUGGGGUAAUUGCAAUAAAUGCAGCCAGUGUAAAGGGAAAUGCAUAGUGCAGGACUUUGAUAUAUUGAUAGAGAACUUCAGUAUCAAAGUUUCAACUUUUAAUAUCACCAAAGAUGUGUGAAUUCUGAAGGUACAUUGAAGAAUGAUUAAAACAGAAUAUUUUUUAAAUAAAUGUAGCAUUUCACUUCAUUCUGACUGCUAAGUCUUUGGAGAUUUCAAGUGCUUUUUGAUUCGUGUGACAUGAAUGUAAUGUAGUACUUUAUGAGGAAUAGCAUUUUAGAAAGGUAUAUUUUUUGGCAGCAGGAAGACAGUGUACAACCAGCAUAUUACUAAUUUUAAAACAGAUUUUAAAAUAUCAGUUGGUAGUAUUUCCUUUUCCUUGUUUUGCUACAUCCUAAACAUAUGGAAAUGAUCUGAAGCAACACAUUUGUAACAUUUCUUAAAGCAAGUUAUUAAUUAAAAAACUGUUCUAUAUUCUGCUGUUUGUUAGACAUGUCCUUGUUAAAUACAGAAAUAAAAAUAUUUUGGGGCAGAAUACUUUAAUAAUAAGCAGGAUGGGAAUUUUAUAAUGAUUCUAAAUACCAGGGUCUAUUCAUAAUAUACAUUGGAAGCAAUAGUAAGUUGUGUGUGAAAUAAUUCAUGUAAAACCACUAAUGACUGGACUAUUAAGCUUUUCAGCGAAUGAAUGACUCAGACGCAUAUAAAUUCUAAUGCGCACUGCAUAGUUUUAGAGACAAGAUUUCCUUUAUUAAGCAGUGUACAGUACAGUAUGUGUUUUAUAUGUACUUGUAACAAUCUGAUUAGAUUUGACUGGAGCAGUGCUUAUGGCUCUUAAUUUGCUAAAAUGUUAAUCUUCACUGAAUUAUGACAAUAACUAGUAUUUCUAACUCGUGUUGUAAUUGGCAUUUAAAAUGAUACACGGCCUUUUACUGGAAUCUUAAUUGUAAUCUGCUUUGCAAUCAAACAGUGUGUUUAACCUGACAGUUACUAUUUUAUUAUUGCAAUCCAAAACUAUUUUACUCUGUUUUUAAUCAAGUAUUGCUUAAAUUUCUAAAUUAAUGAAGUAGUUGAAUUUCAGCACAUUUAAACUAGCUUUCAUACCAGGUGAUCAAACAUACAUUUGUAAUGGGUGCAGGUUACAAUUUUGAAGCCAUACAAGUUUAUAUGGACUUUUGUAAAGAAACCCAUAAAAAAGUGUUAAAAAAAUCAUUUAGAUAUCUGAUGAGAAAUAUAUGUAGCAAGCUGGUUCUUGCUUGUGUAUACAGUGAUAUCCUUUGUAGCUGCCUCCUAUGGAAAAAAUGAAUUUUUAAACACAACUCUAAAGGAGAUCAGUUUUUAUGGAUCGUUACUACUUCAGAUUGUAAAUUAGAAUAAUACAAUUUAUCUUACCAAAAUUGUAAAUACUUUUGAUUUUCAUCAAAUGUAAAUUUUACAGAAAUGUUGCACCCGUAAUAAACAUGUAAUAUAUAAUUUACAAGUUGA